AUGUAUCUGCGCAGCUUCUCGUUGCUCGCUCUGGGAGCGGCAACGGCCAGCGCAUUCCGCGACACGUCUCCCUUUUUCCUUGCAUCGACUUCCGAAAACCUCGGGAGCCACGCACACAUCAAGACCGCCCCCGCACUGCUAGAAGACCUCUCUUCGAAACUCAGCGCUUGCCCCUCGGACUACUAUGUCAUCGCUUCCCAGCCCGGCGUCCAUAGCUCCGAUUUCGCCGCCCGCAAGUCCGCUCCUCGCCUAGGCGCGAAGAUGACCGGACAGGACAGGGCGAUUCAGUCGACCGUGAUGGUGAACGAGGUCGCCGGGGUGUUGGAGCCGAAGCAGAUUCAGGGUGUUCUGGAAAGAGAAUGCGGGGCGCAGACGACUGUGAUUGAUGGUUCCUCUGGAUCGUAUCCGGCCGACUUUGGCGCCGAGCCUCGCGUGAUUGUCGUCGAUUUCCCCGUCCUCCCCUUGGGAUCUGAGCGGUCCCAGAAGCUCACCGAUAAUGAUGGCCUCCUCGCGGACAUCAUUGAGCGGAUUCCGUCCAAGAAGUAUACCCUUCUCUACACGACAUCCCCCAGGGAGUAUGAAGGCGUCGCAUCUGGCAUCUAUCACUCCGAGAACAAUCCCUACGACGACCCUGUUCACCAGGACCUUAAGCGCGAUUACUCCGCAUAUACGAGUGAUGAUGAGUCCUCGAGCAAGUCUCUGUUCCAAGAGUAUCAGUACCUCAGUCCAGGACUUUUCAUGGGACUUCUUGCCUCCUUUUUCUGUCUUUCUAUUCUAUAUGUGGGCUUCAGCGCUCUCAGUAGCUUGCAGGUGUCGUAUGCCGCCUUUGAGAAGGAUACGUCUGCCAGUGUGCAGAAGAAGCAGCAGUGA